AUGUAUCAAAAAAUUCACUCCAAAAUUCAUAUUUUCUUCCAGGAAACAUCCAAACGAUCAAAAAUUGGAAGUUUAUCGAUGGAUCCAGCUGCGAUGAAUGUGAAGAGCAAAGUGGCUGAUGUUUUUCUGACCGCCGGAAAUGCUUUUCAAAAAUUGGGCGAUUUAUUACAACAAUUGCAAAAGACUACGGAAAAGUAAGGAAUUCUCUGGAAGUUUUUUUGAUGAAAAAUUCUUAUUUUUCAUAAAAAUUAUACCACAAUUUGAGAUUUUCAACCACAUUCUUACAGUAAAUGGAGUGACGAAGAAUUGGAUAAAUUACAAGAUGCUCUAACUCAAUUUGAUCACGAACUUGAUCAAAUUAGUGCCAGUCGAAAUACGUGAGUUUGUUGUUAGCUUAAAAUCUCAUCCAAAACUUACCCUUUUUUUAGAAAUGACACGAAAACUAAUGUUGAAAAGGAAAAUAAUGAGGUUGGUGAUUUUUUUUUGUUUGUAAAAUUUGGAAAUAUUUAUUGUUCAUCCUGACGAAUUGAUUUUUGACCUACCAAAUGUUUAUAGUUUGAACCCAAAAUAGUGUGUAAAACGAGAGAUUCAGACAGUAGAUCACAAAAUCCCACGGAUCAAUUCGUCCGGAUGAACAAUACUGUUUCUAAAAUUUCUUAAAAAUCAGUCACUGUUUGUCACAAAAAUCAUUUUUUCUAAGAUUGUGAAAAAAGCCGCCGAAAAUUGUCCAAAUCUGGAUGAUAAAUCGAAAAUUGUACAAAAGAUCGAAGAGCCAAAAGAUCCGAAUUCCGUUGACAAAAGUAAAUUUAAACCAAUUGAUGGUGACCAAAUGGGUAUUUCAAACGACACGGUUCAAUACUUUUCUGCGCCGCACUUCGGAGAGUACUUUUCUCUGAAAACGAAGAAAUGGUAUGCUUGGAUUAACAAUAAAUACGUCGAAAUUGAUUUGAAAAAUAGAAAGGUGAGGUUUUUGGAGAAAAAUUUGCGAUUAAGCCUAAAAUCAUAUUUUUGGCCCAAAAUGAGAACAUUUCCUGUCUAGAAAUAUUCAUUUGUAGUAAUAAAAACAUCGAACAUUUUUUGCCUAAAUUUUCAGAAUGUCAAACAUGCCGCAAUCUCAGAAACAUCGGCCAGCAAACCAUCGAAAUCGGCAGCGAUCGGAAUGCAUACCGUACCCUUGGCACAAAAACCAAUUGUUCAACCGACGACCAAAAUUUUGGCAACUACGGUGAGUUUUAGUUUUUUUUUCGAAUAAAAAAUGUAUCUAAAAAUUCACUUCUUCCAGGAAACAUCUAAAUCGUCAAAAAUUGGAAGUUUAUCGAAGAAUCAAUCAGCUCCGUGGAAUUUGAAGAGCAAAGUGGCUGAUGUUUUUGUGACCGCCGGAAAUGCUUUUCAAAAAUUGGGCGAUUUAACACAGCAAUUGCAUACAACUACGGAUAUGGAUGAAAAGUAAGGAUUUUUUUAUUUUCUUCGUUGAAAAAUUCUUAUUUUUCAUAAAAAUUAUACCAGAAAUUGAGAUUUUCAACUAUUUUCUUACAGUAAAUGGAGUGACGAAGAAUUGGAUAAAUUACAAGAUGCUCUAACUCGAUUUUCUCACGAAAUUGAUCAAAUUAGUGCCAGUCGAAAAACGUGAGUUUAUUGUUAGCUCAAAAUCUCAGCCGAAAAUGACGCUUUUUUUUAGAAAUGACAAGAAAAAAUAA